AUGAACAGAGAUCAGAACAACGGGGUUCUUCCUAGAGAUGCUGAAUCUCUGGCCAAUUUAUCAUCCAACCAAACCCCUUGUAGUGAAACGAGUCGACCUCUAGACCUUAAACAUUCCACCGCGCAUGAGGUCGUGGCGCUAUCGGUCGACCCAGGAGAUGAGAUUGAAAAGGAAGCUGCGUUUGAGGAUAAAGUAGAAGCGUUGGAGACGUCUUCUGUAGAAGGUUUCACAGCGAAGAGCAACUGGAACUCCUCGCCGUCUGAGGCUGCUGUAUUAUUGAAAGAUCCUUUAAAAUCAGUGAACUCUGAGGAACCAAAUAUAACAGAUGAUAAAUUCAACGACUGUGUUAACAUGGAACUGGAUGGUAUAGAUGAUAGCCACAAAUCCCCAUCUUUUCUACUGGAACAAUCUCGUCAGCCCCCUGACGGACACGAGUUUCCUCCACGAUACAGUGAACCUCGUCAUUCACCGACUGUAAGGUCUCCAAGUCUUGGUGGGGAUUCAGGAGUGUUUCUCGACGAUCAGUCUGGGGAUUCGUCACAAGGAUCUGAUCCAGUUUACCUAGGUGAUUCCAUCCAGUCUAGCAAGAACAACUGGAUCACUACUCCUGAACUUGUAUCUCAAUAUAAAACAGAAAAGACAACAAACAGUAAUAAUAUGAAACAAGAAGACUAUCCAGUCCAGUACUUGACAAGUUACCCCUCACAGACUGAUCCUCUCCAGUCUACAUCCAUUCCUUCUGAGCCUUUGCUCAAUCCCAAAACCUUUCAGUCCACAGAAUCAAGCAAGUUUUCUCUUUCAGAAGAAAAAUCGUGCAACAGAACUCCAAAGAAGUUAGUAGAAAUUUCUUCUAAUGGAGAAGUAAAAUCUAAAGUUCGCACCACCAGUGAAUCGCUACAAGACAAAUCAGUUGAUUUAAACAAAAAGCAAAAUUUGACAGACCAAACGGGUUGGCCACUUUUGUUUGGCAAGAAAGACGUAGGAACGAAACAGAAAAGAGAAGAAAACGUAAACCUUAAAAAUAGUAUCUACAAAAGGCUAUUCAACCAGAAUCCGAUUAGCGUGAAAGAUCGUAUUGCAAUGUUUUCCCGAACUGAAGCAGAUGCGAGAGGUGAAUUUUCCGAUGUCGCACAGAAAACACUCCAUUCUCGUGAGGAGCCAGAAUAUCGGCAACUUCACGUUUCCCAUUCUUCAUCCACGAAGAACACUAGUGUAGAAAAUCAAAAGAAAAGACCAAGCGGAAAACAUAAUGGUGCUAAUAUCGUUUCUCCCAGUCCGAAUGAAGAGUUUGUAAAAAAGAACUCAAGUCCCCACCACAAGGUGGCGCAUCUGCAAAGUUCCCAUAAUUCAGUAUUAGAUUCAACCACUAAUAAGCCAGUUUUUCAUUCAAAAACUUGCAAAUCAAACAUCUCAAACCUGAACGAGAGCAAGUUUUCCAGUGGAAUGGAUACAGACCUUCAAUCACCCAGCUACCUUCGUCACUUAGGGGGGAGGAGUUCGAGCUGCAGUGGAAUUAGCAUGACAACUUCCCGAAGCCAAGAGGACUUGUUAAACCGGCCUAGUAAUUGGAAUUUGCUUUCUUUGCUACAAAAAACGCCUAAAACCAACACUUCUAAAUUCAAAGGACUAGUCAUUCCUGAGCGACCUGUCAGUUCUAAUGCUGCAGUGAACUCUUUGCCCACAAUAGCCAGCAAAACUGCUAACUUAACUUCAAAACCAGAACCAGUAAAAGCAUCUAUUCAUCAGCAAUUGAGAAAGGAAAACAUCCACCCAUCAGGUAAAGCAAAGUCAUUGCCAAGAGGUUUAAGUUUGGACUCAGAGUAUUCAAAUAAGACACAGGAUGCUAUAGAUGAAACAAACAAGCAAUCAUUAUUGUCAGACCCACCAUGGAAAAACUACAACCCUAGUCUCCCCAAAUACUCCCCAGCUUUUAAAAGAAGAUCUUUUCAGUUACCCCGAUCAAAUGUGACAUCUUCUGUUUCACCAACUCCACCUUCUUCAUUGACUUCUCCUCUGUCACCUCCUCCUACCUCGCCUUCUAGCAUAAGUAGCUCAAACACUUCUUCGUCAGUUGGUAUUACUUCUCCUCCAACUGUUAAACAACAAAGCGUUUUCCAAUUUUCACUGUCUCACAGCAAGCCAGUAACUCCAGUUCUUCCAGAGAAGCCGAUCAUGCCAACUGCUCCAGUGUUAUCAGAUAACGAAGGAAAAUAUUAUGAACAAUCAACAGGAGCUAAUGCAUCUCUGAAUGGUGAAAUAAGAAAAACUACCAACUCUUCAUUUUCAAAACAAACCAGGAAUUCUCCUUUUGCUAAGACAACAUCAUCUGUAGAAAACAAGUUGUCUGAACAAAAUAACAGUUCCAAAAACUUGGAUCAGAUAGCUACUAGAAGCAGUUCCACAUCUUGGGACAGAAAAUAUCAGCAAAAUGGUUCAUGUUCAUCUGCAGGUAGCAACUCUUCUAACUCCUCAGAAUCCAAACGGAACAACAACUUGCGAGAUCAAACAGAGACUGAUGGCUCUGGCAGCACUACAUUAUCUCGAACAAGUUUUAAUACGCCAAGAAAUAACUGUAAAUUCGAUUCUGAAGAAAUACCGAAUAAAUUUAUGCCUUCAAAUUCGGAAGUUCAGGGAAAGUUUGUGGCUAAACCAGUGUGUAUUGAUUUUGAUGAGUCUGGAGCUUCACGGCUAGGACGACUUUCAGGACAAAAAACCAACAAUGAAAGUCCUCUUCCUAACUACAAGAAUCCUCCUUCACUUCCGCCAGCUGUCGUCCAUAGACAGUUAUUGGUAGGAGCUGAGGACAACAAUAAUAGUAUCCAGCACAACAGUAACCAAAAAUGGUCAAACCAUUCUUUCCAUAGCCGCUUUUCUUCUGACAAUCUUGAAAGUGACGACGACUCUUUCUCGACUCUGAGUCAGAGGACAGAAGAUUCAAGACAUACAGCCGAUGACUCAUUGUCUGAUACGACUACAGAUUCUCUAGACCAUCCUGUAGAUGCAGAAUUCAAACCACGCCGUCUUAGCCAGCAAAAGACUGUAUUACGUAUGCGUCAAGAAAGCCCAUCUGAUGGUACCAAGAACUUCAGAGCUCUCGCUGAGCGAUGGGAGCAAAAGUCAUUUGAUGGCAAUCAAGAACUUUCUUCACCUCCAAUCCUUCUUUCUACACACACUCCAGUCGCGAAAAGGGAUUCGCAAUGUAACUUAUCUCAGAAUUUUACUGUAAAACUCCCUCCCUCUCUCAUGCCGAAAGUAACAGAUAGGCAGCCAUGUUCGAGAAGAAACAGUGUUUCAAGCCAGAUUUUCAACAACGGUUCAAUGAGUGAAGUUAAGAUGAGAGAAAAUCGACCAUCAGGUCCAAGACCAACAUCUUUAAUAGAGGAAGGGGAAAAGAAAAAAUUAGAUAACCUGUCACAUAAAAACUUUCCAUCUAACUCUGUUUUCACAAGGAAAGGAGAAACAGCGGAAAUUUUUAGUCGCGGUGGAAAGUUAAAGGCCUCCAAAGAGCUCUUCAGUAGAAGUCGCGAGUCCUUGGAUCUGUUGUGUACCAAAAACAGGUCGUAUAUGUCGUCUUCUACGAGGUCCAUGAGUGUAAGCGAUAUUCGUAAAAAUUUCGAAAACAAAGCAACUAAUAAAGAAACAGCCCUGUCGCCAAAGUUUAAGUUUGUUGACCAAAAUUCUUUCGACAGCCGCUCUAGCUUAGAUAUUCGGUCUGUGGGUCUCGGAAUGUCUAAUGGCAAUCCUGAUUUGAUUUUCCAUCAUCGUGGCCAUGAAGUCUCCAAUGAUUCGAACUCAACUUUCAAAUCCAAAAGUCACUGCCUCUCUGAUAAUCACGCCAGCUCAAUCUAUCAUCUUGAUAAGUUCAUCAAGAGAACAAACUCAUCAGACAGUAAUCAAACAUCUAAUCUCAACAACACAAACGUCAAAUAUAGUAACUGUCGAAUUUUUGGUAAAGCCCAGUCAAGUAGCCCUCGAACUAAUGAAGAUCACCAUACUUUCAGUUUACAAUCUGACGGUCGUUCCACCAGUCGUGAUAAAAACGUCGAUCCAUAUUCCAAAUCCAGUUAUGGAAUAACAGGAGCUCCAACAAGAUGUCACAAUCGAUGGUCACGUGAUGAGGAGAAAUCUAUUACGACAGCGAAAUCUGUCAAUGAACGGCCAUCCAACAAUACGAAUUUCUCUUUGACAUCUCAACCUGAUUCGGAACUGAAUGACCAAAAUUCCAACCCAACUUUAAAGAAAAGCAACAGGAACUCUAUUUCAACUUCAAACCAAGACAGUGGAAAUGUGUUAAACUUAGGAACUGAACACAAGCGGUUCUCCUCGAUCGAUUCGUCUGGAAGUGAGUCGGGGGAAAACAUUCCUUCACAGUACCAAUCAAGUACAUCUUUAACCUCUAAUUCAGUGGAUCAGUAUGGAUCGAACACAUCUUUAACCUCUUUGUCUGACGCUACCUCUUCCCAAGAACACCAAAAGCUGCUUGAAGAGGCCAUCCAAAUCCUUAAAGAUGAUGCUACAAAAGGCAAACAAGAGGUAGAUGUUGUGACUAUUCAACGAGAACAGCACGCUGGAAGUAUUGGAAUAACCCUUGCUGGAGGGGCUGACUAUGAAGUUAAAGAAAUAACGGUCCAUAAGAUUAUAGCAGGCAGCUUAGCAGACAGAAAUGGACAUGUCAGAAAAGGAGAUCGGGUCUUGUCUAUUAAUGGUUGUAGUCUGAAAGGUUUGACACACCAGGAGGCAUUAGAUAUUUUGAAAACUCCGCGGAAUAAAGUUGUCUUAGUCCUGGCAAGAACACGCACCAAAUUUUCGGAACCCAAAAAGCCCCAUGUAACUCCUCACUUAACAAAUGGUUAUCAUAUCGCUCCGGAAGAGAGAAAACAAGAAAAUUCAAAGGUUCAGACAGCAAAACCGCCCACGUCUCUAAAAGGACAAGUCAUCACUGUUGAAUUGCAGAAAGAUAAAACAGGAGUAGGCUUUAGCUUAGAUGGAGGAAAAGACUCACCUGUAGGAGACCGUCCUCUAACGAUCAAAAAACUAUUUAAAGGUGGCGAUGCUGAGAGAGUAGGCCUGUUGAAAGCUGGUGACGAGAUUGUCUCCAUGAACAACCAGCCAGUAAACAACAUGACUAGGACUGAAGCCUGGAAUUUCAUGAAAAAGUUGCCAGAAGGACAAGUUUCUAUAACUGUAAAACAGUGUAGUUGAAGAAAUAACAGUAUAAUUAAAAAGGCUAUGAGACGAACAGUUUUCUAUAAGUGUAGAUCAGUGUUGAUGACGUUAUCAGGUGCACGCUUCCCUACUUAUAUUGUUAAAGCAGUCGAGUUGCAUAACUGUGAUACACAAACUUAGAAUGACUUUUUUGUUUCUUUUAUUUUACGUGUGAAUCAACUAUGUUGCAUUGUUGACUAUAUACAGAGAAAGUCGGAAAAGCCAACUUUUUGUAAUGGGUGGUAAACUAAUCCCUCAAUUCUGUGGUGUGGCUAUAAAUCUUCAAAUCUCGUGUGACCUUACAGUUUUGACCAUUCUAGAGAUAACAGAAAUUAUGCGAACAACAUUUUCUUUGGUUGUUAUAAAGCCAAGAAAUUAAUACAUGUUUUAGAAGCACUGUUAUGGACGGUAACUAUACUGAUGGGAGUGUAAAAGUGUUUCUUAGUUAUGUGAUUGUAUUUUCUUAACACUUUACAAAUGAAAAAUAUGGAAGGCGUGUUUGUACUUCUGCGUGAAAAAAAAAGUUAUUACCGUGAUAGGCUAUGUAAACAGUACGCAUGCGUGAAUGGCUUUUUGUUGAAAGAUGGUGGCUUAUAAGGCCAUAGGAAAAAACUUACUAUUUAUAAAUAGGCUUUAUUGUUAUAAUAAUGUGGUUUAGUUUUGAAGGUCUUCAUGGUAUAAUAAACAUAAAGUGGUACCAUGUUGGAUAUGAUUGUACAGGAAAGGUCUAAGGCCUCAGUAAGUAUUUUGUGCCAUUAACAAUAUGUUACUGAUUUAAUGAACCCAAGUUUUAAGGGUUACGUGUUUUAUACCACUACUGGAUUUGUAGGUUCUAAACUCUACGAAUGAAAUGUUAAAAUUUGUGUUCUGUAGUACUGUAUUACGAUAUUGUAUUUACGAUAUUUUAAAAAUCUCAUUAAUUAAAUACUUAGUUCGUUAUAUUUAAGUGAGGCAUAAUUAAACCUGGAUAACUGCUAAGCAGUAAUAAAACAAAAGCGUUGGUGCUUGUUAAUUGUAUAUGUAUGUAUAAUAAGAACUGUUAGGCCUCAUCCCAAAAAUGUUAAUACAAGCUACUAACUUAUGGACGUUAUUUGCCAGAAAAGAAACAUUAACUUAUUUCAAAACAUUGAGAUCUUUUUGUACGGUAGGAAAAAAAAAUUGACG